UCUCUCUCUCUCACACACACACACACACACACACACCCCUCCAUGUCCAGGAACUCAAGCAUUAACCAAAAACAAAUGCCUGGAAACAGAGAAAUCGGUGCGAAUAGUCCAAAUGACGAAGAAGUGAAAAAGAUGAUUCAUGUAUUGCCUUGUGGAGAUGAUCAAAAGGGUAAAAAGAUGGAGUUGGGUGCUGUACAAGAAGGAGCAGAAGAAAAGGAAGAAGAGGGUUCAGAUGUUUUCUCCAUUGAAGGAAAUUAUCCGUCGUCUUCGAAUCCAACCGAGGCUGAUGAUGCAGAAGACUCUUCAAGUAUACCACCAGUCAAAUUUUGUGAAUUCAAGAUGAGAGUUUUUCUCUUUGAGACACGGUUAACUCCAAGUGAUGUCGAAAAUGGGAGGCUUUUUAUUCCUGUGGAAAUUGCAAUAGUCCACUUCCCCCCUCUUAUACCGGGAUUCCAGAUCGCGUAUUGGGAGAGAAUCCGAAUGACAACUCCCGAUAGAAACACCCAAAACCACCGUGAUUGGCUCAUGAUCAUCACCUACGAUCCCGAGGAAUGCGUUUUCAAGAUAAACAGCGUCAAGUGGCAGAAAUUCGCUCGCCAUCACGAUUUGAAAGCCACAGAUUCGAUUCGAUUCUACAAGCCUUUCCCACGUGCUGAUAACAACAAUUUCUUGAUUCAGCAUAUUAGUGGCGAUAAGGAGAUUACUAGUGGCAAUCCGGAUUUCAAGCAGGAAAAUUUUUUGUUCGAGAGGCAAUUGGGCCUUUACGAGGUGAGAUCGAGCGGGAGGCCAGUGACUCUGGCUACGAAAGUAGUGAGAAAGCAUUUCCCUGCGGUUAGGGUUCCCGCGGAAACUCACAAGUUGGAGAGACUUUACUUUACUGAUGCUCAAAACAAGGAGUGGUGUUGGAAAAUUUACUUCUCUUUUGGGAACUAUGUGAUUGAAGGGUUGGAGGGGUUUGUGAAUGAGUACAAGGUGGAUGUGGGGGAUGUGGUUAGGUUUUUCAAAAUUGAUGGCAAUGGGGAAUCGCAACGCCAUUUCCUUAUCGAGCAUGUGAGGAGACAGGAGGUAGCCGUCGGUGGUGGGACUAGCACUAAUUUGUUUUGUGCAUGGCAUGGCGCGGGGGGAAGAAAUGGUGGUGGCUGCGGUGGGGGUAGUGCUAGAGCAAAUGAAGGCACUAUGGGUGAUAGGGGUGGCUGCGGUUGCGAUGGUGGUGGUGGUAGACGAGGAAAAAGGAAGAAAAAAUUUGGUUUUGGAAUUUGUUUUAUGCCAUGAAUGCGGUAACCGGGUUACUAGUCGAUUUUUUUUAUUCUGUCAAAUCGAGAGUAAAUUCGAAUCAUCCAAUAAGUUGUAAGUAGAUAUAAGAAAAUCUGCACUCA